AUCUCAGUUAAUAAAGAACCCACGAAAUGUCUCUUGGUACCUUAUACACCGCCGACGUCACUAGAACACUUCUUCCAGUUGCGUUAGUCAAGCACUUUGGCUUGGAUAUUAAGAUCUCUAAGGCUGAUGCUACUUAUGAAAAGAACUUCCCAUUGAAGAAAUAUCCAGCUUUCUUGGGCGCUGACGGAUUCAAGUUGACUGAAACCAUUGCUGUUUCUAUUUACUUGAUCAAAAAGGCUGAUCCAAAAAGCCCAUUAUUAGGAAGCACUGAUGAGGAAUUUGCUUCCAUUUUGAAAUGGGCUUCAUUUGCUAAUUCUGACUUUAUGGCUUCUGUUACCGACUCCUUUGCCGGUAUUGUUGGAAAAGUUCCUUACAACAAGAAAAUAAUCGACACUGGUAAAGCUAACCUCAACAAAUACUGUCAACUCGUUGAAUCUAGAUUGUAUGACUUCACUUACUUGGUUGGCGACAGAAUCACUUUUGCCGACUUGUUGUUUGCCCAAUCCUUCUACAGAGUUUUCGGUAAGGUAUUCGGUAAAACCGAAAGAGCUUCUUAUCCUAAUGUUACCAAGUGGUUUAAGACUAUUAUUGCCACGGACUAUCUCAGUAGCGCUUUUGAAGGCUUUGAGUUCCCAGAAAAGGCAGUUGAAUACGUUCCUCCAAAGAAGGAAAAGAAGCAAGCUGAAAAGAAGCCUGCUGCCGAAAAGAAGCCUGCGGCUGAAACUACUGAAGAUGCCCCAACUCCAAAGGCAAAACACCCAUUGGAAGCCUUGGGUAAAUCCAAGACGCCAAUUGAUGAAUGGAAGAGAGUUUACUCUAACGAAGACACCAGAGAGAAGGCCGUUCCUUGGUUCUGGGAAAACAUGUACAACCCCGAAGAGUGGAGUUUGUGGAAAUUUGACUACAUGUACAACGACGAGUUGACUUUGACCUUCAUGUCCAACAACUUGGCUGGCGGUUUUUUCUCUAGAUUAUUAGGCUCUACUAAAUAUUUGUUUGGUACUGCUGUUGUUUAUGGUGAAAACAACAACAACGGUAUUACCGGUUUCUUCUUGGUCAGAGGUCAAGAUUAUGUACCAGCUGUCAACGUUGCUCCAGAUUGGGAAUCUUAUGAAUUCAAGAAGCUUGAUGCCUCCAGUGCUGCUGAUAAGUCUUUCAUUAACAACAUGUUGGCUUGGGAUGAACCAGUUGAAAUCAACGGUGAAAAGAAAGAAAUUGUCGAUGGUAAAGUGUUCAAGUAAGUAUUUCCCUCCUUUUCCUACGUAUAUAUCCGUUUGUAAUUCUUGAAAUAAUUUUACCUUACAAUUGCUGCUGU